AUGGUCUUCAACAUCAGUAAAAUCGACUGUCUUCAACAAGAAAAGAGCUGGGCCAAUCAAAAUGAGAAGGAGAAAUUACUUGAUAGGAAAGGAAGAGGUCGAAUGUUGCAAGGUGACCAAGCUCCCAAUUCAACUGACAGUGACGCUGAAGUGAACAAUAACCGCAACCAUGGAAGACGUAUAGACGGUCCGUGGGUGUUUGGUUUGAAGAAAGGUUCGGACUGCCGAUAUUUUUACGUUCAAAGAAGAGACCGUGAGACACUUCAGCCUAUCAUUCAGAGAGAAGUCGCUGAAGAUUCAAUCAUUCAUUCUGACGAAUGGCCGGCCUACUCUAAUUUAAACCAACUCAAUUUCCGUCAUUUUACCGUAAACCAUCAGCAGAAUUACGUCGAUCCUAACACUGGAGCACAUACACAAGCCAUUGAAAGAUCUUGGCUUGUUGCAAAGGUUCGUAUACUGAAAAAAAUGAGAGGCUGCAAUCAAAGAACUUUUCAAUCUCACCUUGACUACUGGUGUUGGCGGAUGCUGGGAAAAGAAGCUCCUGGCCUCUUUUUAGCAUUUUUAGCCGAUGUGCGUGCUGUGUAUCGCUAG